AUGAGCUCUGACGAAGAAGAUUUUAACGAUAUCUACGCCGACGAUAAGCCAACCACUACUGGAGAAGUGAAAAAAGAUGAAGACCAGAAGAAAAAUGGCAGCGGUACGUCUCAACUAGAUCAACUAGCCGCCUUACAAGCAUUAUCUUCUAGCUUGAACAAACUAAAUAAUCCAAAUAGUAACAACAGUAGUAGUAAUAAUAAUAGCAACCAAGAGUCGUCUUCUAGCAAGCAAGAUGGCACUGCAAAUGAAGAAAAGGAAAGCUCCAAUGAAGAAACUAAAAAUGAGAAACCACAAGAAGGCGCUAUGUCUGCAAACGCCAAUGCAAACGUUAGUUCUGCCGGAGCUCCUGGCUUACCUUGGGAACAACUUCAACAAACAAUGUCGCAAUUCCAGCAACCAUCUUCUCAGUCACCACCCACUCAGCAACAAGUGGCUCAAACCAAAGAAGAACGUUCGAAAGCUGAUUUGUCGAAAGAAAGUUGUAAGAUGUUCAUUGGUGGUCUAAAUUGGGAUACGACCGAAGAUAAUCUUCGUGAAUACUUCGGUAAAUACGGUACCGUCACAGACUUGAAAAUCAUGAAAGAUCCCGCUACUGGUAGAUCUAGAGGGUUCGGUUUCUUGUCUUUUGAAAAACCUUCCAGUGUCGACGAAGUGGUAAAGACACAGCAUAUUCUCGAUGGUAAAGUUAUCGACCCAAAAAGAGCUAUCCCAAGAGAUGAGCAAGAUAAAACCGGCAAAAUCUUUGUCGGUGGAAUUGGCCCAGAUGUUAGACCAAAGGAAUUCGAAGAGUUUUUCUCCCAAUGGGGUACAAUUAUUGAUGCUCAGUUGAUGUUAGAUAAGGACACUGGUCAAUCAAGAGGCUUUGGUUUUGUCACUUAUGAUUCUGCCGACGCCGUCGACAGAGUCUGUCAGAAUAAAUUUAUUGAUUUUAAAGAUCGCAAAAUUGAAAUCAAGAGAGCUGAGCCAAGACAUAUGCAACAGAAAUCAUCAAACAACGGCGGAACCAAUACCGGAAGUACCGGCAACAUGAACCGUCGUGGUGGUAACUUUAGUAACCAGGGGGACUUCAACCAAAUGUAUCAAAAUCCAAUGAUGGGAGGUUACAAUCCAAUGAUGAAUCCACAAGCAAUGACUGAUUACUAUCAAAAGAUGCAAGAAUAUUACCAGCAAAUGCAAAAACAAACCGGUAUGGACUACACUCAAAUGUACCAACAACAAAUGCAACAAAUGGCAAUGAUGAUGCCUGGGUUUGCAAUGCCACCAAAUGCAAUGACUUUGAAUCAACCACAACAAGAUUCAAGCACUGCCCAAGGCUCCCCAGCACCUUCAGAUUCUGACAAUAAUAAAUCCAAUGACGUCCAAACCAUUGGCAAUACUUCAACCACUGAUUCAGGUUCUCCACCUUUGAAUCUACCUAACGGCCCAAAGGGUCCAUCGCAAUACAAUGACGACCACAAUAGCGGCUAUGGCUACAACCGCGAUCGCGGUGAUCGUGAUCGUAAUGACCGUGACCGUGACUAUAAUCAGCGUAGCGGCGGAAACCACAGGAGAAAUGGCCGUGGUGGUCGCGGUGGAUAUAAUAGACGUAAUAAUGGCUACCAUCCAUACAAUAGGUAA